AUUUUUAUUCCUUUUAUUUCUCCCUCUUGUCUGAUUGUUCUGGCUAAUAUUUCUAGAACUAUAUUGAAUAGGAGUGGUGAUAGUAGCCAUCCUCAUCUUGUUCCUGAUGUUAGAGUGAAGGCUUUCAAUUUUUGUUCAUUUAGUAUAAUGUUGGCUAUUUCUUUUUCAUAGAUGGCCUUUAUGAGAUUGAGGUACUUACCAUCUAUUCUGAGCUUCUGCAGAGUUUUUAUCAUGAAAAGGUUUUGGACUUUUAUCAAAAGCUUUUUCUUUGUCUAUUAAGAUGAUCAUGUGGUUUUUAUUUUUGGCUCUGUUGAUGUGAUGUAUUACAUUUAUUGAUUUUCAUAUGUUGAACCAUCCCUGCAUGGAAUAAAUCCCACUUGGUCGUGGUGUAUAAUCUUCUUAAUGACUUGCUGCAUUCUAUUUGUCAAUAUUUCAUGAAGAAUCUUUGCAUCAAUGUUCAUUAGUGAGAUUAGCUUAUAGUUCUGCUUUUUGGUUGGGUCUUUCUCUGGUUUUGGUAUCAGAGAGAUACUUGCCUCCAGGAAUUAUUUAGGGAGGACUGCUUCACUUUCAAUUUCAUUGAAGAAUUUAAGGAGUAUGGGCUUUAAAUCUUCUCUAAAUUUUCGUAUUCUUCAUAUAGAAUUCAGCAGUGAAUCCAUUAGGAACUGGAAUUUUCUUUGUUGGUUAAUUUUUAAUUUUUUUGAUUUUUGAUUUCAGUAGCUCAUACUGCAUUACUCAAAAUUCUUAUGUCUUCUUGAUUGAGCUUUGGUAGUUCAUAUGCUUCUAGAAAUCUGGCCAUUUCCUCUAUGCUUUCCAUUCUGUGUGAAUAGAGAUUUUCAAAGUAUGUGUUCGUGAUUUUUUGAAUUUCCAUGGGAUCUGAAGUAAUUUCCUUCUUUUCAGUCCUUAUUGCAUGGAUUUUUUUUCUUUUUCUUGAUAAGGUUGGCUAGAGGUUUAUCAAUUUUAUUUAUUCUUUUAAAAAAACAGCUCUGUUAAUUCUUUGUAAUUUUUUUGUUGUUUUUUGUUUAUGUUUCCCUCUUAGGACUGCUUUCAUUGCAUCCCAUAAGUUACAGUAUUUUGUGUCUGCAUUUGCCUUGUAUUUUAGGUAUUGUUUUAUUUCUUCGUUGAUUUCAUCUGCAACCCAUUGGUUGUUCAGAAGGUUCAGAAGUUGUUAUUUAAUUUCCAUAUAUUUUUGCAGGUUUUGCAGAUUUUUUGCCAUUGAUUUUCCAUUUUAGUGCACUACGAUCAGAUAUUAUGCAUGGGAUAAUCUCAUCCCCUUUCUAUUUACUUAAGAAUGUUUUAUGAGUUAAUAUGUAUUCUGUUUUGGAGAACAUCCCAUGUGCAACUGAGAGGAAUGUAUUUUUUGAUGUGGUCAGGUGAACACUCUGUAAACAUCCACUAAGUCCCUUUGUUCACUGGUAUGAUUCAGUUCUAUUAUUUCUUUGCUGACUUUUUGUCUAGUUGAUCUAUCUUUUUGUGACAGUGGGGUGUCAAGGUCUUCUAUUACAAUUGUGUUCUUGUGUUUUUGGUUUUUCAUGUCCAUUAGUGUUUGUCUUAUAUAGUUGGGUGCUCCUGUAUUUGGUGUAUAUGUAUAUUUAUAAUUCUUAAUCCUUCCUCAUGUAGUUUUCCACUUACAAGUAUGUAGUGACUUUCUUUAUCUCUUUUAAUCCCUUUAGGUUUGAAAUUCACUUUGUCUGCAAACAGAAUAGCUAACCCUGCUUUUUUCUGGGUUCCUGUUUCCUGGAAUACUGUUUUCCAUCCUUUGACUUUUAGUCUAUGAGUUUCUUUUUGAGUCAGAUGUGUGUCUUGUAUGCAGCAUAUUGUGAGGUCCUGUUUCUUAAUGCAUUUUGUCAACCUCUUUCUUCUGACAUGUGAAUUGAGCCCAUUUACAUUUAUGGGUAACAAUGAUAUGUACUGUCUUGACUUUGCCAUAUUGUAUUCCUGCUGUUAGUUUCCUGCUUUCCUUCCUUGUUUAAUUCCUUAAACAAGAAACCUGGUGUUUUUUUUUUUUUUUUUCUAGAGAUUGUGGUCAUUUUAUCUCUAGAUAGCAUGUCUUUGAAUAUUGUCUCUAGGGUUGGUUUGGUAGAGAUGGAUUUCUGCAGUAGUUGUUUGUCAUGGAAGUAUCCUCUUCAUUAAAAUUGAAAGACAGUUUUACUGGGCACAUCAGUCUGGGUUUAAAGUUGUUUUCUUUUAGAGCUCGAUAUACUUCACUCCAAGCUCAUCUUAACCUGAAGGUUUGUGCUGAGAAGUCUGCCAUGAUUCUAACAGACUUUCCUUGAUAGGUGAGUUUUGUCUUUUCUCUAACAGCUUUUAGUAUGUUUUUAGGCUGUAUGUCUGGGAUCUUAAUUAUUAUAUGUCUGGGUGUAGAUUUAUGUUGGUUAUGACUGUUUGGUGGUCUAUAUGCCUCAGUUAUUUAUAUAUCAGAUUUUUCCCCAUGUUUAGGAAACUUUUUGCUAUUCCUCCUUUGAAUAACUUAUUUAUGUCCUUUGCAUUGUCUCCUGCAUCCUCACUGAAGCCUAUUAGUAUUGCAUUGUUUCUCUUGGCAUCAUCUUGAAGCUGCUGGAUUGUCAUUUCAUGCUGCUUUGUUGUUUUUUAAGUUCUAUUGUUUCAUGGUCACUCUCUGCAAGUCUAUCCUCAAUGUCUGAAAUUCUGUUCUCAGCUUCAUUUAAACGGUUUUGCCAGCUUUCAGUAGAAUUUUUUGUUUCUUGGAUAUCUCUUUGAAUUUGUUUUAUGGAUUCUGCUUGUUUUCUGCAUUGUUCAUUCAAAGUUGCAAUCAAUUUCCCAUGCUCCUGUAAUUAUUUUUAUCUAUUUCUUCCCUAGCUAUGUUGAGCUAUGUUAAGACAUUACUUCUGAUUGGAUUUCCCCUAUAGCAUCAUGGAUUUGUUUCUUUACUUCAUUUGCUUUCUUUUCAGAGAUUUCUGGUGUAUGACUUUUGAAGUCCUCUAUUUCAUUAUCACCUGUUCUUGUUCCUGAUGGACUAGAUGUUUGAGAUUGCAUUUUGGUUUUUCGUUUUGUCAUUUUCACCUUCUUGGCCAAUAUCUGGUUAUUUAAUCCCAAUAGUCACAACUGUCAGCAGCUUAUGUCCUAGGACUUACUGUGUGAUUGAUGUCUGCGUGAUUGUUGGGUACAUUGUGACUGGAACCACCAAGUCCUCUGUCAAAUCAUCACUGCCAGUCUACUGCAGUUCAGGGUUUUUGGAGGGAGAGACUAAGCAGUGCUUAGUCUAAGAGAUUGAGAGGGUAGCUCAGGGCGAUGGGCCAAGCCAGGGUGGUGCCAGGACACAGGCUAGGCUCUGCGGCCCAAGCCAGAGUGGAGUACAGUAGUUGCCCUCUGGACCAAUGGUGGUGGUGGGAGGAGGUGGAGGCACAUAGACCCAGCUCAGAGGCCUGAGCAGGGAUGGAACACAGCAGUAGCCCUCUGACCGCCAGAGGUGGGAGGGUGCCAAGGCCCACAGGCUUGGCUCAGAGGCUCAAGCCAGGGUGGAGCCUGGUGGUUGCCCUCUGGCUGGUGGCAGUGAGAGGGUGCUGAGGCGCACAGGCUCUGCUCAGCAGCCUGAGCUGGGGUGGAGAGUGGCAGGUGGAGGUGGAAGUGUGCUGAUGUGUGUAGCUAGUUACACUUUUGAGCUUAAAUGUAAAACAGUUGUAUUUUUUGGAUUGCUAGAGAUUUUUCAUAAUGUUAUAAGCCAGGAUACUUCACUUUGGUAAUAUGAUGAAGCCCUUCCUGUUUUCCCUACAACUUAGAGAUGCUAUCUAAUGCAAUAAAAAUUUAUUUAGUAGUUUUUUUCUGUAUUACAGUGGAGGUUUCUGGAAGUGUGAGGAUUUUUACUAGUAGAGGUUAAGAAGCAGAUAAAUAUCAGUCAUAUUUUUUUCUUUCUCUUUUUUUUUUUGUACUGGGAAUCAAAGUCAGGACCUUGUGCUUGCCAGGCAAGCACUUGUGCCGAUCAGCUAUAUCCCCAGCCCUCAAGAUUUUAAAAGAAAUCUGAAAAUUAUAUAGUAUGUGCAAGUAUACUCUGUGUUUGUGUGUGUGUGAUUCUUUUUCUCCUGCCUAAGUGAUUCUGUCCUUAGGGGCAGGAUUAUGUAGUGUCGGGUCACUUAAUAUAGACUCUUGUGCAUGUUAGCAUCUCAUGUAUAGCACGUAGGACAUAUUUGUUGUGUUUAAUCAUUAAAUAUUAUGCAUUUGAUUUUAUUCCAGAAGUUUAGAGUAUGUAUUUAUCAUUUCAUACACCUGCUGAUUUUCUAGUUUGUGUUUUACUUCAUUGGUUGUAAGGCACUGAUAUUGUCUUGAUUACUUUUCUCUCCUUAUUGAGACAAAACACUUGAUGCCCAAUGUGAAGCAAGGAAAGUCUUAUUUAGCUUAGAGUUUUUGGAGGUUUCAGUCCAUACUCAGCUGGCUCCAAGGAAGAGUUGUGUGGCUGAGGGGCAGCCAUUCAUGGCAGCUGCAAAGGGUAAGAGCCAAAGGGCAAGAAGGGAAAAACACACCUUCUUCACUGGUUUAUAUUGUGUGCUGGCUCCACCCUUGGGCAGGUGCAGCUCUCACAUCGCCAGUCUCAGUGCUAGACAAUGGACUAGUCUCAAACGCUAGAUUCAGCCACCUCCACCACUGCAUGAGGUUUGGAGGUGACCUAGACACAAACUAUAACAGAUAUUGUCACCUUUCCUUUGGUUGUGUGUUCAGCUGGAAAAACUCUUCUCCCCAGUAAGGAAAAGUAUGAUCAACCUAAGCCAGUCACAGGAAUCGCACCCAGAUUUUCUAACAAUUCCAUUAAAUGGGUUUGUGCAGUAGUUCUAGCUAAAGAGACACUAAGGGAAAUUUGAUUAAUUCCUGGAAAAAUUUUCUUUCUUUCCUUUUUUUUUUUUUUCUCACUUGCUCAUUCUGACCUAAGAAGACUCUUGGAUCUAAUUCUGAUAAAAUAAACAUAAUUAGUAAUCACAUCUAUGGAACUAAUUGAUUGCCCUAGUAGAUUUCUAUUUCUACUCCAGGAAAACUUGAGAAUUUGAGACACAUUAAAGAUGUUGUUUUUGACAGAUGUAUUAAUGAUUAUCAAAUUUAAUUGCUCUUAAAUUAAACUGCAAAUUUAAGAGCCAGAUGUUACAGUCUAAAAGAGAUAAGCAACUUUUCUGAUAGUUCCCUUCUCCCAAGUCUGUUCCAUUAGCACAAACUUUCUUUUACAUUAUUGAUGUGUUAAACUGUCUACCUCCUUAUCAUGUGGGACUACUCAAGAUAUUUUUUUUACCAACAUCUUUGGCCUCUGUUUACUCUGUGUGAAAGCUCUGCUCAGUUGUGAUGAACAAAAAUAUCUCCAGCAAUAGCUAAAUAUCCACUAGAAGAUGAAAUUAGCUCCCCUUCAGAACCACUGUUUUGUUGGUAGAAAACUGUUUCCUAAGGAGCAUUUUGUCCUAAAACUGGGUCAAAAGAGAAGCGAAGGUUCUAAUUAUUAUUGCCUUAGUCACUUCACUGGUUAGAAAAAUACAAUGGAGUUACUAAGUUUCUAUGAAUUGCUGCCUUCAAUGAGCCUUUAAUAAUAUGUCUUGACUCAAAAUAAAGCUAUGAUUUAAAUUUCUCACCCUUCAAAAAAUCAGCAAAUCAGAAAAGCAGUAUCAGAAUUACAUUAUUUUUCAAUUUCAUCCCCAGAGGUUAAUUAUCACAAAGUAUUUAAUAGCUCCUAAAAUGGUGAUUUUAAACUGUAUUUAGGCUUCAGUUUGUUAAUGUUAAUUGAUAAGAAAUAAGGAAUUCACAUUCCAUUUAAACAUGGAAAAAUGUAUCUAUAAGAAUGGUUCAGACAUGAAGUGAAUCAUGCCCAAAGAAAAGUGUAGGAAUGGGGAAAUCUGACCAAUUUUUAUUUUUAAAAGCAAAUUUGAACUAAAAUCUUAUGGGGCCAGGUAUUAUGGGUGUUAUAGUCAGGGGUUGUGCAGAGAACAAUUAGAAUCAGGACAUGAAAUUUAUAAUACUAUUGUUAUGAUGGUCACAGAAUUAACACAAGAAAAUGUGGAAAAUUUAUCUGCAAAACUAAAGAAAGAAUAACCAAGGCCUGAAACCCAUAGCAGUGUCCCAUAUGAGUCCAGAUGAAGACACAGAGCUUAUAACAGUGCCUUCCACAAGUUGAACUGGAGAUCUAGAGCCCACAAGAAGGACUCACACCAGUCUCUUUUACAGAUCCAUGAUGGGAGGGCACAAAGAUCAGUGAUGGAAGCCAGAAAGUCCAUUCCAGCGGGGUGAAGGAGCUGUGCUGGUAGGUUGAGGGUACUAUGCUGGAGCCGAGAAGUCAUGCUCGUAAUAAAGACCAGGGCUAGAGAAAAAAAUGAUGGCUUGCUAGGGGACUGGAUGCAGAGUCUCUGUGGAGAAAUCAGAUCAUAUGCUAGAAUAUGACAACAUGGAGAAGGCCAGAAGAAUGGAUCGUGAUUCUUGUUAACUAAGGCAUUAACUGAAGGGAAAAAUAAAACUAGGAAGAGGAAAGAAAAGCACGGGUGGAGAGCUGAAGCCUGAUGAGCUCACUGAGACCCGUUCCAUGCUGUACUAGGCAUGCCUGAAGGAUCCAAGGUCAUGCUGAGACCGCGGCUGCCAAUAACGGGAGUCAGCAAAUCCCAGGCCCUUAAUGGAAGGACAUGGUGCAGUGAGCAGUGAAUCCCAGGGGAAGAGCUAUAUUGGCUCUCAACGACUGCUGGAAAUUGGGACCUGGAGCCCCACGAAGCAGCCAGAGCCACCUGGCUGUGCCAGAGGGGACUGUGAGAAGCUCCUGGGCUCUGAAGCCAGACACCAUGUAGUUUUCUGACCGAUCUGUGCUGUGCUGGGAAUGCAAUGAAGACAUGCAGCUCAGUGUGCAGAGGACCCAAGAGGAAGAUCUGCAUUGAUUCCUGGUAAGUGCUAGGGACUGGGUCCUGCAGCUGGUGUCGCUGGCUGGAGGACAUCUUAGAAUUGGGCAGAGCCUGGCAUUGCGGCAGUGUCAAAGACACAGAGAGUACUGAUGCAGGACAUCUUGGAGUUGGGCAGAGUCCGGCCCCGCAGUGACGUCAGAUAGUUGCCCCUGGUGCAGAGAGCUCUGGUGGAGGACAGCUGGGAGUUGGGCAGAGCCCAGCGCCACGGUGACAUCAGCCAGCUGCCCCUGGCACAAAGAGAACUGGCAGGGUCAGCUGGGGCUGAGCUAUGCCUCUGGUUGGGACCCAAUAAGCAGGUACAAAAUUGUCGCGACUCUGUGACAUCCACAAGGACAGCCUAAUUUGCAGGUUGACUGGCACAGAGACUCAAGGCUAACCUGCACAGUCCCUGCAUCCCUGCAUGUACCUCAGAUAACAGAAAAUUGGGGAGGGCACCAAAAACUCCAGUCAGCAUGCUUCAGAAAGACCCUAAGCAAUACAGAGAGGGCCAGAGACCCCCCAGGACACACCAGUCUGAAAGAAACCAGAAACAUGACAAGAAAUAGAAAUAAAAUCUCCUGCUGCCAAACCUGGGAAAACAAGCCCAGGAGAAGUAAAUACAGAAGAGAACCAGCACAGUAACCAUCCAAUACUAGAUACAGCAUCAGUGGGUAUUCAGAAAUACCUUCAUGACCUCAUAGAUGAAUUUCAAACUGUACUUCUAAUCCAAGUGAAGCAAGAUAUAAAGAGAUUAAUUAAAGAAAUGAUAAGCCUCUCCCAAGAGAACACAGAUGGAAGAACAGAGGAAAUCAGAAAGGAAAGAGAAACCUCUGAUGAAAAAUUUAAACAUAACCUAGAAUACAUGAAACAGAUCCAAAGAGAUUACCAGGAAACUAAAAACUCCGGUGAAAACUGGCAAGAUGCCUUGACAGAAACUAAACUUAGCCUUUUGAAACUUGAAGAGAGAUUUAUGAUAUAUAAUCACGAAAGAAAAGACCUCUUAAAAAUAAUGAGGAACCAGAAAGAAACAAUUCAAAGGCUAGAAGACUAUAAAAGGAUACAUAAGAAUAAAGCACGUGAGGAAGCAGGAGUAACCAAAAAUGAACUACAGAGAAUAUUCACAGAUAUAUUAAAGGAAAACUUCCCAAGCAUAGGAAAAAGAAAUGAUAUCCAGAUAAAUGAAGCAUACAGAACUCCAGCCACCUAAACCAAAACAGAUCUACAUCCAGACAUAUAAUAAUCAAGAUUCCAGAAACCCACUAAAAGCAGCCAGGGAAGAGAAGCAGAUUACCUACAACGGAAAAAUUAUCAAAAUAACAACAGACUUAUCAACACAAACUCUCAAGUUGAGAAGAGCCUGGGGGGAAAUAGUCCAAGCCCCAAAAGAAAAUAAUUUGCAACCAAGACUGAUGUCCCCUCUCUCAAAAUUAAUGGAGAAAUAAGAUGUUUCCAAGAAAAGGAGGAACUGUGGGAGUUCAUGGCCACCAACCCAACCCUACAAAGAAUGCUGAAAGACAUUUCAGAGAGAGAGAGGAAGGAAUACCAGGAUUCCAGCAACAGUGGCAGAGAGGCCUCAAUGAAUGGGGCAGACAGUGGAGUGAGGGAGUAGGUGGACAAAUUAUAGCAGUAAAGUGGAGUAGCAGACAUGAGACAGAGAUGGUAAGCUAUGAUCUUUAAUAUAGAUAGCCUUGAUACACUAAAAUAAAAAAAAAAAAACAUGCAGAGUAGAUUAGGAGGCAGGCUCCAUCAAGAUGCUCUGAAUGGGAAAUACAGUCAACCGGAAGGAGGGUUAAUAAACUGAAAGUCAAAGAUGAGAAAGCAAAGCUAUAUAUGACAGAAAACCAGAGAGAAAUAAGGACAAGUCAUCCAGCAGCCACAGAUAGAUUGGAAAGCUAUGACACUUUUGUGCAGUGUAGAACUAUACAGCUGGAAGGAAGAAAAAGCCUAUGACUUCAGUGAGUAAAGGAGUACAGCUCAAGACCAAGCCCAGGGGUAGAAAGGUUCAGCAGCACUCAGAUAGACAAUGGACUGGCUCCCUAAUCUAAAAACUAAAGGGGCUAGUGAGACCCAAAACAUACAAAGCAUCCUGAGAAGGGGAAAAGUGAAAAAUAGCCUAAAAAAGGAAGACAGAGGUCAUUGUUAAUAGUGUAUCAGGAUUUAAAAGUCAUAGUAGUCUUAUCACUCUGUUUAGUUUGAUUUUAUUUUGUUGCGGUCUGUUCACUCAUAUCAGAUUUGAGGGCAUAGACAUCUAACCCAAAAAUAGCAGGCUUUACAUGGUAACUAUCCUUAGUUUCCUAUUUAUAAAGUGAAACCCUGUAUUACUUACAUUGUCUUACUAUGACUGAUCUUAUUUGAAUCUGGUUUGUUAGACCGCGGUUUUGCCUUGGCUUAUUUUAUUCAAAUUUAGUAUGUUUGAUAGUAUCUUGUCUAAAAGUAGAGGCAACUGCUCUUAAGAUGACAAGAUAUAAAAGAUAUCCAUACCAGUUUUGAUUAUUAACUGCUCUCAAGUCCUACAAUGUUUUUAAAGUUGUGUUUUUAUAAAAAUAGCUAUGUAAUACUAUGCUUAACUAUAUUAAGCCUGAUGAUAUGGACAAGUUGAAAAUAACAAGAGAAAGCAUAGUAAUUACAGUAGAUCACCUAAUAUUUUGGUCUUAUGUGUCUUUUUCAUUGCAUGUUUUUCUAGGAAUUUGUUUUCUUGUCUUAUUAUGAUCUGUUUUUCCCUAUAAUACAGAGAGGAUAGAUAUACAUGUAGAAAUUCACACAUGGGAAGAAUUUUUAAACUAUUUAUGGGAACAGAUUAUAUAAUGCAAGAUGUAAUGAACAGAUACUCUGAAGAGGAAGAGACACUAAGAAACCCAAUGCUAAUUCUGUAACAUUAUGAUAUAAAAUCUAGCAAUACUAUUAUUCACUGUUCAGAGUGAUAUUAGUCUAGUCUCUUAAGUUUAAUUUCAGCAUACAUAAAGAUAAGGAAAGCUAGUAUGAAGAGAAUGAGAGGCAUUAUGGUAGUCAUUAUUGACUUCCCCAAUGUCAGAUCUUGAAGACCUAAAGAGCCUUCAUCAUCCUGUAGUGAUUUGAUUAGUUCUAUAAUAUGCAGUAUGUAUUCAAUGUGUGCGAAGAUGGGGACAACUAUUUGGAAGAAAAUGAGAGAUAAUAAGAUAGACAGUGAAGAUCUCCAGUGGACUUGCUUUGAAAUCUGUAUUUCUUUAAAUUGUUUCUUUAUAAACUAUUUUGUUCUGUUUUGAUAUAUUUAAUCUUACCCUCUUUAAGAUAAAAAACAAGUGUGUAGGACUGAUAACCAUAUUACUAAGUUUUUGUUGGAUCAUUGAGCAGAACUGUUGGCAGUGUCACUAUUUGAAUGUCACUUUAUAUGCUUUAAUUUUGUAGCCUGAACAACUAUUUCUAAGAUGACAAUAUGUAACUUAUCAACUAGUGAUUUCUUACUGUUUAUUUUUCUGUAAUUCUGUAUUAUUUCUACCCUUUUUUUCCUCCAUGUAUUUUUUUUUGUUUGUUUCUUUUUCCUUAAAUAAAUAAAUAAAGACUUGGGCUGUCCUGAAAAGCACCACAGCCAUCCUUAGCCACAUGGAGGCCCCAAGCUUCUCUGACAACAAGCACAGUCAAGUACAUGCCAGGAAGCCAGCAUUAUGAUCUCAUUCUGGAGACCAAUCAGCAAACAGCUUCCCCCCUGUAACCAGCAAGCAGUGCUCAAUGUGAGGACCAGAGCUUCUCCAGGAGAACCAGUGGCUCAACCAGCAACAUGCAAAUAGAAGGAUGAACCCACAUAGAUUUAAUCCUCCAUCUCCUAGUUCUGUUUCAUCUCUGUUCUUGAGAUUUAGCAUCCUUCUGUUACUCAGCCUUCCUGACGCCAAAGGAAAAGCAAUAUGGACAGCUCAUCUGAACAUAACAUUCCAGGUAGGAAAUCGGAUCAUAUCAGAACUAGGAGAAAAUGGAGUGUUUGGGAAUCAUUCUCCUCUGGAAAGUGUGUCUGGUGCAGUGGUACUUCCUGAAGGAUGGAAUCAGAAUGCUUGUAAUCCAUUCACCAAUUUCAGCAGACCUGAAAAGGCAGACUCUUGGGUGGCCCUCAUUGAAAGAGGAGGCUGUACUUUUACACAUAAAAUCAAUGUGGCAGCAGAGAAGGGAGCAAAUGGAGUGAUCAUCUUUAACUAUCCAGGUACUGGCAACAAAGUAUUUCCUAUGUCUCACCAGGGAACAGAAAACAUAGUGGCAGUGAUGAUAGGCAACCUCAAAGGCAUGGAACUAUUGCACUUGAUUCAGAAAGGAGUCUAUGUGAACAUCAUCAUCAAAGUGGGAAGAAUGCAUAUGCCUUGGCUGAGCCAGUGUGUCAUGUUUUUGUUUACCUUUGUGUCAGCCACAGUUGCUUACAUUUGCUUGUACUGUGCCUGGACAUCUGAUAUAUCCGUUGCUUACACCAGAAGGCGAAGACAAGUAAAGGCUGAUGUGAAGAAAGCUAUUGGUCAACUUCAGCUUCGAGUGCUCAGAGAAGGGCAUAAGGAGGUAGAUCCACAUGAGGACACUUGUGUAGUUUGUUUCGAUGCAUACAAACCACAAGAUGUAGUACGUAUUUUAACUUGCAAACAUUUUUUCCAUAAGACGUGCAUUGACCCCUGGCUUUUAGCCCAUAGGACAUGUCCCAUGUGUAAAUGUGACAUUCUCAAACGUUGAAGCACAGAAAAACAUCUGAAGAUGUAAGCAAGUCUCUCCAAAGAUUGAGAUGACAUCAAUUAUCUUACGUCAAUUUAUAUGGAGAGAAAGUGUCAAAUCAGCUUCUGUACCCAGCUACCAAAGAAGAUGAAUUUCUGUGUUGUAAAAAUAAAAUUCCAUUUCAUUCCCAGAUAUUUGGAUGUUGUCUUUCUAAUAAGUUCUAGUUGUUACGUAUCUUUGCUUUUCUUCAAAUAAGGACAUUAGUAUAUGUUAUAGACAAUGUGAUCUUUAUCAACAAGUUACUAAUUAUGAAUCAGUUCAAUGGGGAAAAUUUCUAUUUUAAACUUUCCAUUUUUAAAAUACUAAUUUUUGUGCUUUUUUUCAGAUUUUCCUUAAUUUUUGGUCUUUCAAAACAUGCAUUUCGGGUCAUUAAACUUCAUUACAAUUAAUUCACCUUGGUCAGUUAAUUUUAAUAUCCAGAAAAAUUUCCUUAUCAGAGCAAGUAAAUGGGUGAUUAAUAUAUUCUAAAUAAUUAUUUUAUAUAAUAGUACUUUUGGUUAAGUAGCUAAAGCUAUAAAUUAUUAUUGGCCUUAGAGCAGCAGUACAAAAAUUUACCUCUAUUUGCCAAAACUCUAAAUCCUAACAUAGUGAAUCAGUUACAGUAGAUUUCCCUUCUAGAAAUGUCCUUACUGGAUUUUUUUUUUCCUUCUCUAAAUGUCAGUGAAUAUUUCUUGGCUUGGGAUUUGUAUAAUAAAGCUGGAAUUUUACGCAGUUGUUUUUUCUCUUUUCUAGUUGAUGAAUAAACACCUAUCUAACAAUGAAAGAGCUGAAGGACUUGGGUUUUGUUUGAAUAAAAAUCACUCUUUCCAGAUAACAUGCUAAACCUUUGAUGUCAGAUUUAGAUGAUGCCUGGAGAAUCUACACAGCAUGUACUACAGAUUUAAGAAUAGGAACUUGUGUAUACAUGCAAUAAAAUUAAUGGCCUUACAGAAAGUGAACUGUUAUAAGCUGAAGAAGUCACAUCAAUAUACUAUCCUAUUAUGACAUAUUUUAUUGGCUCUGUAGAGCCUUUGUCUUUUUUUUUUUUUUGCUUCAAGUUAUGAUGUUGUUGAUUCACGUUUUAUAAAAAUUACCAACUGUCUUAUCCUGAUGAGACCUAAGUAAAACUGUCUCUAACCACCAAAUGCACAGAGGCAGUGAUGUUUAUGUUUGAGGUAAAGGUUUUUGGUUUUUGUUUCUCACCUACUGAAAAGCAACCACUCAAAUGUAUGCAGCAGCUGUGGCUGACCAUGUUCCUUUAUAAACCAUUCUUUAGCUUUAAAACCACAUUGUGCAUUGACAUGAGGGUAGCAAAAUGUAGAGAAAACUGAUAGUGUAUGUUGGCUGUUCCAUUUGGAACAUUGAGUUUGGCCAAAAUUUGUGUUAACAUCAAUUUAUGGCCUUUAACCAUUGCUGCUGUCAGUGGUCAGCUUUAAAUGUGAACCUUGCAAUUUUUCUUUUUGAAAUCAAUAGUUCUUUUAUGUUUAGAAAAAUGAAUUUUACUCAACUAAU